UUUCAUAUUUGUAAAGCAAAUUAUCGAUUUGAUCAUAAAAUGAAAAUUUUUAUAAUCAGGCAUUCGUGCAGAUGCGUUUAAAAGUCUCUGGUUUGAAUAACGUUACCAAACAACCAGUUCAACUAGAAUUAUGGCGUUAUUAUCACUGUUAAUAAUGUGACAAAUUGUUUGAUAGCAUAAAUUGAUUCAAAGCCUACGUCAGGAGGAGAAUUCCAAUCCGAGAAUUUUAACAUCAUCUGUCAUACCGUUAUUUACUAUGGCUGAGACCAAAGCAUUUCUGGUAGAUUUUCUUGCCGGAGGUAUAUCAGCGGCUAUUUCAAAGACUGUUGUCGCACCAAUAGAGCGUGUUAAAUUAUUGCUUCAAGUUCAGCAUACAUCAACACAAAUCCCUGAAGACAAACGGUACAAAGGAAUGAUAGAUGUUUUUGUACGAAUACCCAAAGAGACUGGAUUUUUGAGUUUUUGGAGAGGGAAUCUAGCCAAUGUCAUAAGAUAUUUUCCGACGCAGGCUCUAAAUUUCGCUUUUAAGGAUAAGUAUAAAGCAAUAUUUCUCGAUGGCGUUCCAAAAGAUGCCUUUUGGCGACAGUUUGCUGGAAAUUUAGCUUGCGGUGGUGCUGCUGGAGCAACAUCUCUGUUGUUUGUUUAUCCGCUAGACUUUGCAAGGACGAGACUAGCCGCAGAUGUCGGCAAAGGAUCAACUAGAGAAUUUAGUGGAAUGGGAAAUUGUUUGUACAAGAUAUUCUUAGCCGAUGGACCUAUUGGCUUAUACCGAGGUUUCAAUGUCAGUGUUCAAGGUAUCAUAAUAUACCGUGCCUCAUAUUUUGGAUUUUACGACAGUGCAAAGUCAAUGUUACCUGACCCAAAGAACACUCCGAUUUAUAUCAACUUUUGCAUAGCUGAAUUAGUGACAACAAUAGCUGGUCUUAUUUCGUACCCCUUUGAUACGGUACGAAGACGAAUGAUGAUGCAGUCAGGACGAAGCAAAGAAGACAUGAUGUAUAAAAACACAUUGGAUUGUUGGGUCAAAGUAUUGCAAAAAGAAGGAUCUGCAGCCUUUUUCAAAGGCGCAUUUUCAAACAUAUUAAGGGGUACAGGUGGAGCUCUUGUAUUGACUCUUUAUGAUGUUGUCAAAUGGGGUAUUAACAAGGCAAUAUCUUGAGUCUUUUUUAAGAAAAAUAAAAUGCAAAAAUUAUUUCUGAGGCACCUUGCAAUGUGAAAGCUUACUUUCUGAGGAAUUCCCUGAUUGACAUCUUGGAGGUGAGAUCAAAAGGUUAGUAUUUUAAAUACAGUAUUUAUAGAACAAACUUUCAGCCUGCUUUCGACUCAGCGAUAACUGUGUAAACGUACAGAAUCUGGACAGUGUAGAGGCUUGAAAGAAAAUAUAACAAAUCUGCAGCCUGAGUAAUGGUUAUUCAACUUUAUUUUCAACUUAAUGCCUUAUUCUAUGUGAUAAAACGAUAUAAUACAUCAAAUAAUAAAAUUUCGAAUGGUCGUACCUGUUGAGAUGCAGAUGAUGCGAUAACACCGAGCUUAAUUUUUGCCAAAUAACUUUGUGUCAAAGAAUAUUUAAUUUGUUAUU